CCUUUUUUCCGCGAAUGCACUUCCAGUGUUGUGACGGUUGUGACCUUUUGUUUACUGUCUGUCUUGUCAAAAAAUAGAAACUAACUAGCUGGCCGUGGGAAACCAUAUUCCUCCCUCCUGCUUACUAUAUUACAGAGCUUCGGACGCAACGGGGAUUAGUCGAUAUAUAUAUAUUUUUUAAAACAUGAAUUCCGCCACAACAGACAGCUUUCGACGUGUUUGCACGGGGAGCGAUUUACCUCAACGGAGGCGACCACAAGUGAGCUAGCUGGUUAGCUAGCUGGCUAACGAACCGGUCGGUGCUCGCUCGUCGUCCUCCGGUCCAGGUUUCUGUGUUGUUAGACAGGUUAGCGUGACGUCCGGCCCUCAGGCAGGUGGAGACUACAAACUGAAACUGCUAAAAACGGAGUCGUUUUAGCAUUUUUUUUUUUUUUUUGCCGAAAUAUUUUACAAACCAUGGCCUGUAGUUUCCUAAACACGGAUGAGGCGUCUCCACCGGCUCUGACGGACCUGUGCCUGACCCACGUGAGCCAGAACCUGGAGUGUUUUUGUGUGAAGCGCCCCGAUGGCUCCCUGUGCUUCAGAGAGGCGGUGCUCUUCCCGCAGGAGCUGGCGGACCAGCUGCUGGCCAAGAUGGCCACUGAAGGUCUGUUGAAUGACAGCACCGUGGGUGUAUUUCGGAACUGUGAAUACCUGCGCCUGAGACGUGCCUGCAUUCGUACGGCGCGCAUCUCUGCGGAGGCCUUCCAGAAAGCCCUCUGCUCUCACAGACUGCUGGAGCUGGAUGCUGCCAGGGUCAACGCGGACCUCACUAUUCCUGAUAUCCUACAGGGACUGGCCUCCAAUAAGUAUUGUCAGGAGUCCCUCCAGCGACUCGUCCUAACGGGUCUCACCAUGUCCUCUCUGGAGGAACCGAUCCGGCAUCGCUUCAGCUCCCUCCAGGGCCUCCGCUCCCUCUCUCUGGCCAACGUCGACUUCUACGACUCCGGGCUCGUCGACGUGUGUUCGCUGCCUCGGCUGGAGAGCCUCGAUCUCUCCAACACCUCGGUCACCAACCUGAGCCCGCUGCUGGGCCUGAAGGAGCGGCUGCGCUCGCUAACUCUGCACCAGCUGAAGAGGCUGGAGAUGAGCACCGCUCAGCUGCUGGGAGUCAUAGGCCAGUUGGAUGUUUUGCAGCACCUGGACAUCAGCGAUGAUAAGCAGUUUACCUCUGACGUGGCUCGUCAGCUGCUUGGACAGCCAGGCAUCCUGCCCGCUCUCAUUUCCCUGGAUGUGUCUGGGAGGAAACAGGUCACAGAUGCAGCUGUCAAGGCGUUUGUGGAGGAGAGGCCGGGGAUGACCUUUGUGGGACUUCUGGCCACAGAUGCUGGGUUUUCCGACUUCCUCUCAGGAAAAGGAACUCUCAAGGUAACAGGAGAGGCCUACGAGACCCAGAUCUGCGAGGCCCUGCGGCGCUACAGUGAGAGGGAAGGGUUCGUGAGAGAAGCUCUGUUUCAUCUGUUCAGCCUGACCCAUGUCAUGGAGAAACCGAGGCCCGACAUCCUCAAGCUGGUAGUUUUGGGUAUGAAGAAUCACCCCGCCACUCUGAAUGUCCAGCUGGCAGCGAGUGCCUGUGUGUUCAACCUGACGAAGCAGGACCUGGCAGCAGGAAUGCCGGUGCGACUGCUGAGCACCGUCACUCAGCUUCUACUGGAGGCCAUGAGGACGUUCCCCAACCACCAGCAGCUGCAGAAGAAUUGCCUCCUGUCUCUGUGCAGCGAUCGCAUUUUGCAAGAGGUUCCAUUCAACAGGUUUGAAGCUGCCAAACUGGUGAUGCAGUGGCUCUGCAACCACGAAGACCAGAACAUGCAGAGGAUGGCCGUGGCUAUCAUUUCCAUACUGGCUGCUAAGCUGUCCACAGAGCAGACGGCUCAGCUGGGAGCAGAGCUGUUCAUAGUGAAGCAACUGCUCCACAUUGUGCGUCAGAAGGCCACUCAGGGCGUAGUGGACGCCACCCUCAAGUUUACGCUGAGUGCACUCUGGAACCUCACCGAUGAGUCGCCGACGACCUGCCGCCAUUUUAUCGAGAACCAGGGCCUGGACCUGUUCAUCAAAGUUCUAGAGUCCUUCCCCAUCGAGUCCUCCAUUCAGCAGAAGGUUCUCGGCCUGCUGAACAACAUAGCGGAGGUCGGGGAGCUGCACGUGGAGCUGAUGGUGCAGGGCUUCCUGGACCACAUCAGCACCCUGCUGCACAGCCCAGAGGUGGAGGUCAGCUACUUCGCCGCGGGCAUCCUGGCACACCUGACGUCACGAGGAGAGGAAGCCUGGACGCUCAGCCGAGAGCUUCGGGCCUCGCUGCUGGCGCAGCUGCAUGACGUCAUCAUGAAGUGGCCCGCGCCCGAGUGUGAAAUGGUGGCCUACAGGUCAUUUAACCCCUUCUUUCCCCUGCUGGAGUGCUUUCACACCCCCGGUGUCCAGCUGUGGGCGGCCUGGGCCAUGCAACACGUCUGCAGCAAGAACGCCGCUCGCUACUGCAGCAUGCUGCUGGAGGAGGGCGGCCUGCAGCAGCUGGAGCUCGUUCAUACGAACCCACAGACCCACAAAGACGUCAAGCUGUUGGCUAAGAGCAUCCUGGAGAGCCUGCAGCGCCACAGUGCCCGCACCGGGCAGCCCGCCGCCACCAUCGCCUCGCUGAGAAAAUGAGGCUCCCGGACCAAGAGUGAGCCGACUCCCACCACAGAGGGGACUUCAUCAAGGAAACACAGAGGAAAAAGACUCCGCAAUUCUUUGCACACACACACACUAACUUUAUUUAUUUUCUUUUGUUUGUUUCUUGUGAUUGAAAAAAAUUAUUUAAUUAUGAGAACUGGUGGUCAGUUAAGAUUUUAAUACCAAAAUAAUGAAAAAAACCUUUCAGUGCUCACGUGCAAAUCUCAGUUUGAGGGUCCCGCCUCUGGGUCCUCAAUACUGCUGCUGCGCUCCUCUUUAUUUAGUCCUUUUUACCAGCUAAUGCCUUUGAUUUGAUGCGACGGGACACUCGCCUGAGGGCGGUGUUCACUGGGUUCAAAUGUUCCAAAUGUUAAAGAUGAAAACCUUAACUAAACGCAUCUCUUUGAGAAGCUCCAGUUUAUUUACUUUCCUCAACAUUUGGCAGCCGCUAAAUCAGAAGAUCCAGAGUAGAGUUCAAGCGUCCCCUCUGGACACGAAUGGCAAUAAUGAUUUUUGGUCAGUAUAGUGGUGACAUAUUUACACGUGUAUUAUGGAGUCACAGCUGUGUUUUCUCUUUGUAUAUAUGCGUAUGUUCGCUGUGCUUUCAUAUGCGUGUCACAUUCUGAGACAGCGCUUCGGUGUGAGCAUGCGUGUGUAAGUACGUCUGUAGCUGCAUCUUUAAAAUCAAUAAACGUGGAUGUGAUUUGUACAUAAUAGAAAAUGAGAGAGAAACAGGACGUCGGGUUGUUCAGUAUUGGUUGCAUGGAAAUUAUUAUACUGCGUGUUCCAUUGUUCAUCUGAGAAUUAUGAUUAAGAACAAAGUAAACGGAGAUAUAUGGGAAAUAUUCAUGAGUGGAAACAUUAGUAUCCAACCAGGUACACUUCCACUGUCCAGAGCAGCUGACCGUUGAGCCCACAUUCUCUCUCAUUCAGGCCCCAACAUCCUCCUCUAUGCAAUCCAAACUAAACUAAUGUUGCUUAUAAAACUGCUGUCAAACCCUGAUUCAGUCCCGAUACGACUCGUUGGACAUAGAGAUACGAUAUUGGGCUACUUAAUGGUACUAAAAAAACAGCUGUCAGCAAAACACACAUCACCUCAUCUGCUCAGUGAAUUAUUGUUUUCUGUGCAUCGAUUGUCGUAUGAGCUUGCUAGUCGUGCAUGAGCUGAUCUCAUCGGCUUCAACAAAGGCAGAGAGCAGCAGAAUCUGUGUGUAGUUCUGUUGCUCCUGAUGCGUCGGAUUGUUUAGUCGAGCCUCCGAACAUCGGCCAGUGUCGGUUUAAUUCAAGAUGGAAGAUAUAAAAAGUAGAAGAUCCUGUGCGUCUGUUAGGACUGUGCCAUGUUGCUGCUGAGUCACGUUAUCAUGUUUGGAAAUAAAGAAUGUUCAUUCCCAUAAACUGGAGAUGA